CUCGCAGCCAAGCUUUGUCAUGGCGUCGUCCCCGGAGGCUCAGUCGGGCAGCAGCAGUAGCAGCGAGGACGAGUUUGACCUUGGCGGGUCCUCACUCAAGUCAAGCGGCGAUGCUUGUAGCAGCAGCAAGCCCGUAGACCCGGACAAACUCUUCAGCGACGACAGCGACGAGGAAGAAGAUGACAAUAAGGAGAGGGUUGAGAAAAAAGGAGCGUUAUCCCCCAAAAAGGAAGAGAAAGACAAGGAGAUGGAGGAUCUCUUCGGAUCAGACUACGACUCGGAGGAGGAAGAAUUUAAGGCCUCAGGAGUCAAGGAAUCACCAGCCCGUGACGGAGGACGCAGCAAUGAGGAUCUCUUCGGUGAUGAAGCCGGAGACCGCAGUGCAUCCGGAGGAGGUGACGGAGACAAUGGCUACUCAGACAACAUGUGGCUGCCCAAGACUCCCAAGGCCCCCAAGACUGCCAAGUACUUUAUCAGCAAGAUGCCCAAUAUCUUGCGUCUCGUGCCAGAGCCGUACACUAAGGAGGCAAUUCGAGCCGAGAUGGACAACCCAUCGGACGAAACACUGUACCGUAACUACGUGCGCUGGCGCUACAAACGCGACCCUGCUACCGGCCGCGUGCUGCUGGACGACAAGACCAAGCUACCGCUGCGCGAAUCCAACUCUAAACUGGUGCAGUGGGAGGACGGCACGUUCUCCAUGUUUGUAGGCAAGGAGGCGUUGACGCUGUCUCGUCAGAAACUGGCCAAUUCGUUCCUAUUCGUGAACGAGAUGGCGAGUGAUAGUCCGCACUUCCAGGACAGUGACGAUGUGGUCCCAGGACAGGAGAGUGUGUUGGAGUGUCAUGCACGGCUUAAGGAAAAGUUCACGAUCCGUCCCAUGACUACAGCUAGCAAGUCCCACAGAAGUCUCACCAUGUCCAUGCGCGCCAAGCACAACAAGAGUGUACAGAAGCUCAAGGAGUACAUCUCUGAGCUCGAUGGCGAGCGUGAACAGGAGCAGCGUGUCAAGAUCACGGACGAAAAGCUACGCCUGCAGAACCGUAAGAAGGCGCGUCAGGGUUACGAGUACGAUCGCGAGCGCUCUUCGCGCAUGGAUGCUCAGUUCUUAGAGGAGGGCUACGAUGCCAUCGACUACGACGACGAUGAGCACGUGGGUGCCAUCAAGGAGCAGUUUGGUAAGCGUAAAAGCUCAGCGGUGCACCGAAAGCAUGGCGUCCGUCGCCCGGUACCUGGCGGCGGCUUUGACGAGUACCGCAGCAGCCAACGCCAACGUGAACUCGAGCGUGAGCGUGAAGGUGAGAGAUCUGACAGUGACAACGACGCUGGUGUGGGCGAAGGUGAGGACGAUGAAGAGGAGGAGAUGGUUAUCCGCAGCCACAAGAAGCGACGCACCGUGGACGAGGAGGACUCGGAAUAA